AUGUAUAGGCUAUUGCCAAUUUCGAAGACUAUACCUGUGCCCAGAUGCGUUACCGAAGUCGAUACUGAAGUCGAUGCUAAUGCAAAUGCUGAUUUCGAUGCCAAUGCAGAUAUCGAUGUAGACGGUGAUGCCAAUUUCGAUGAUGAUACUUAUGCUGAUUCAGAGACUGUAUCGAUGCCAAUAGGUUUGUCUAUGCCUAAUGGGUCGGUGCUGGCGGACAGGGUCGAUGAUGACCGGUCUGUCGACAGUCGGACAAUCGGGCCGUCUGCCAGACAAAGGCACUCGGUUUCGCCUCAGGCUCCAAGAGGCGGUGCUUUGCAGACGAGCCUCCGCUUUGCACCAGCCACUAUGCGUCUGACGCUGCCUCUCGCUCCCUCCUGCCCUCUCUGCCCAGCUCUGCCCAGUCUUCUCUCUCCCCUGUUCUCGAUAUCCUCCAGCCCCACUUUCUCGCUCUCUCGUUUACUCACUCUCUCUGCCCUGCCCCAGUCGCCCAAGCUGCAUGAACCACUCUUAACCAGGCCAGUCUGCGCAAUUCGUUGCCUCCGCUCGAAUCGUGCACUCAUGUUGUGGACACGCCUUUUCACGUGCGUUCACGCACACUUUUGGGCUAACGGCCCAGCGCCUCAUCUUCAGACGCCCAUUCGGCCUCGACCCGGGACCACAAGGGACAAUCAUCACGCGUCCCCAAGUACCCCGUACCUUGAAGCUGGCACCACGAGGGUGAGGUUACCACCUCGUCUCCAGCCCAUCUACAACGUCCCCGCUCUCUCUCCCUCUCUCUUCCUCUCUCGCCUCACCUUCAGACUGCUCGUAGCCGGGCCUCAGCACAAAAGGAACAACCGACAUACACAACCCAACGCAAACGCACGCCUGCAUACGCAUCAGAUAUACACCGUUUCAUUUUCAACCCCGAGCCGGUUGUCGCGGCAACAGCAUUGA